AUGUCUAGCAUUCCUGGCCGGCAGGGCUCUCCUCCGGGCGGCCAGAACCACACAAUGCAAAAGCGCACGUUCCCAGUGCCGGACUUCAAAUCAGGGGGAAGAAUGGAGCCACCAAGGAGGACAGCCCACGUAGAUAGGGACGCACAAAAGACCCGGCACCACCAGCAGAUUACCAUCAGGACACUGAUAAAGGGGAAAGAGCGCUCCGCUCCCGCCUGGAGCAGGCAAACCCUGCCCUCCCCACAGUGUCUCGGGGAGGAGCGCCCCACGGGAGCGGGGCGACGCGGCAGGACCCUGCCUGCAGCCGCGCGCCGCGCUGAGGUCCCCGCGCUGGGAGCUCGCACAGCCUCAGCGCCUCCAAGUGCCCGCGCCAAGAGGGCAGGGAACCCCGACAGGGCGGAGGGCGGUCCGCGCGCGGCUCCCGCCGAACAACCGCCACCAACACCGCGGCGCCCGCCUCGCCCCGCGCCCCGGCCAGGCCCCUGGGUGCCGGUUCCCCGCGCGCCGCGCAGCCCAGACGGCAACUCGCGGGUGCUGGAAGAGGGCGACCGCAGCCCGCAGCGAGCGCCUCCGCCCCGCACUCACUCACUCACCGUGGUGCUCCAUCGCGCGUCCCCGACACGGACGCUCGCCCCGAGCUCACGGCCGCCGCCGCCGCCGCCGAGGGCCGGAGCCCGCCGCCCCCAUCCCCCACGCACGGCCGGCGGACCCCCGGCCAAGCCGCCGCCGCCUCCGCCGCCGCCCCUGCAGCCACCGCCACGACCGCCCGGCCGCGGACGCCCCGCCCCCGCCGCGGCCCGCCCCCCGGGGCCCAGCCCAUUGGCCCGCGCUGCCGGGGGCGGGGCUCGGGCGGCCGCGGCAGGUGGGGGCGGCGGCUCGCGGGCGGGGGCUCCGGCUGUCAGCGGCGCCCGGCCGGACCCUGUGCCCCACGGCGCGCGACGCGUCGGCCUGGCGCGGCUGACGGCGGAGCGACCCAGGGAAAAGUCCCCUGACGCUUGA